GGAACCUAGCUAGCAGUCACUUGACCCUGCGUAAAUUCCUUCAGCCUUACAUAUAAGCCCCCCUGACCCCCAUCUCGUGCAAGAUCCACACAUGACGAUCCGCAACCCCCCUCAAUGUCGCACGGCCACGGCCAUGCGCGUUGUGCCGUUUCAGCGCUGCCAAGCCCCCCUCGCUGUCUGACGCGGGACGGCACGGGACUGCGGGGUACGGCUUGGCGCGCGCGCGGCGCGGCGGGCGGCGGGGCGGGCCGGGAGGGGUCGGGCGGACGCGGACGGACGGAUCGGGUGGGCGGGUUGUGCGGAAGGACUCAACAGCCUACUUGGUUGGGCUUUGCACGAUUAGCUAGGUACGGACGUAUGCGUGGAUUAGAUGUAUGUGUGUAUGCGGACUGGUCCCGCCGGCCGCCGCUCGCACAGCUACAUAAGUAGGCGUAGUUAGAGCAGUAACUCGCGAAGGAGAGAAAAC